AUGGAGAUUGCUUCGACUUCGAGGGCUUUGCACUUGUUUCCGACAGAACAGAGAUUCAAAAUCAAACGUGUUGGGUGCAAGCUUAUCGAUUUCUCAGAUGUCUCGUCUUUACCCAUAAACCCUUAUAACUCAGAGAUUUCGAGUCGAACCUGCGGAAAUCGCGAGGAGGAAGAAGAAGAAGCACCGAACAAGAGCCAAAAGAAGACUCUUGAACAGAACUUAACUACUAAGGUAUGUCCGGUCUUUCAAAACCCUAACGAAACAAAGACGAAGCCGAAGGUUAUUGAUGAAGAGAUUGAGAAGCAAGGUUGUAGUUUGAGAGAUUUGAUCGCAAAGGCGAAAAACAAAGUGCAAGAAAAGAGGAAGAURGAUAGUCGAAGAGAAUACAUCGCAAGGAAGAGAUUAGAAGCUCGUUUAGCCAUAAACCAGAUUGUACCAACCGUUGUUGCCGAUGAUCAUCUCAAGUAUCACUAUGAACUGGAACAACUUGGCUGCACAUUCAUUCACGAUCAAGUCAGUUGCUUGACCAAGUUCAGAUUCUUGUCAAGAAGUGAUCUUUACAUUGAUGAAUCAUCUACUUCUUCUGUCUUGGAAGAAGAAACCAAACCGUUACGGUCUGAUGGAGAUUCAUCAAAAGACGAAAGCAUUGAUAGUUCCUUGCAAGAGAGGAAAAACAGCUCAACAAUUAAGAGAUUUCAAUGA